AUGUCGACCGAUCCUCCGAAUGGUGUUUAUCCGGCCAAAGAGGAAAACGACUCGUUGUCCUCCAUCGAUUCCGAUGCUGCUGCGCGCGACAAGCCCGACGCCAGGGAUUCCCGACGACGUGCCUCUGCUGGCACCGCCACUCGGCGGUCGCGUCGCAAGAGAGACGACGACCAGGACGACAAGAAGGACAAUCCCAAACCCACCAAGGCUACAAAGGAAAAGGAGAAGGAGAAGGAGGUCAAGCCGCGUGCUCGUCGUCAACGGGAUAAAUCUUCCAACAACAACAACAACAACAACAACAACAACUCUCCCUCUACCAACUCCAAUGCUACCAACUCCCGCAAGAAACCCAAGCUGGAGCCCAACGCCAAUCAUGAGCCCCCCGUAGCCCCCAAUCUUCCGGGGCCUUCAGGGGCGCCGCAGCCGAAAAGCCCCCAGCCAACUGUCAGUCCUCCGGGCGCAUCAGUCCCCGCAUCGUCUAUUCCCCAGCAUCAACAGCAACAGCAACAACAACAGCAGCAGCAACAGCAGCAGCAACAGCAGCAGCAGCCCCUUCAUCCGCAUCAUCCUCAUCCUCACCAACCUCUUCAAUCCUCGUUGCCAGCCUACUCUAAUCCUACUCCGCCUCCCCCUGCUGCUGCUCCUUAUCCCCUGGCUCAAUCGUUUCCUCCCCGACCGCAAUCCCAACCUCCGCCGCCCGCCCCGCCCCAGAGGACCAGUGGUCAGAAUUAUGAUCCCAUUCGAUCGGCCUUUGGCACUACAUCUCCUGCGCCUACUCCCUCGGCCGUCAGUCCACCGACUCGAAACCUCUCUCCGCGUAAUACGUUCCGAGCCAGUGCCAGUGCCUCUCCCGCUAUUGCCAGUAUCAUCGAUCCACCCCAGCAGAGUGCCUCCAAGACGACCGUCUACUCUCCAAUUCCUCCGCGCACUUCGCCGGGUCAUAUCUCUUCUACCAUCUCUUCUCCGGCGGCUCAUCCCAUUGCUCCGACACCGCCUCAUCAUUCACUAGCUCCUUCGCCGUUACCGGCUGCCUCUCCCCAUGGAGGUCCUCUCAUGUCGCAGCAACCGCUGCCAACACACUCAUACGCCAACCACUCCCCCUACCAACCUCAACCUCAACACCAGUCACACCCUUCAGUACCUCCCCCUCCGCAGCAACAACAUCGGCAAGAAGAACACAAGCCAGAGAAGCCUGCUGCUGCGUCAACUCCACCAGAGUCUAAGCUGCAGUCGCAGCAAUCUCAGCAGGUUUCUGCGCCUGAAGCUCAAGAACCCGUGGCGAUGGAGGUAGAUACAGAACAGACCACUCAGUCAACCACAAAGACGUCUAAAAAGGAGAAGACCGGCACCACUGCUCCGUCUUCUAAACCUCCGUCACCCAAACCGGCCCGGACCAUCAAGGAGGCUCCUCCCCCACUCCCUCAGGGCUCCGGGCUGAUCUCCAACGCUCUGUUCGGUACAGAUGACAGCGGUCAGGCGUCUGAUUCUCGCACCACCCCGAACAUCAUCUUGCACAUCCCACUGCAGGGCACGGGAAACCGGAUCGUCAACUUCGCUCGUUUGGCAGAAGAGCAAUAUGGGUUUGCUGCCUUGCAUCCGCGGCUGGCCGCACACAAAGAACGGCUGGCGCGCGUUGCAGCGGCCGGGGCCGCCUUGGAGCGGAAUGAGAAGGGAGCCAAGGGGUUUUCGGCUGGGGAAAGUGCCGACGAAGAUCUCAGCUUUGAGGUUGACCGUGAUAGCGACUUGGACGGUGAUGUUUCCAUGGGCGGCAUAGCUUCGGGCCUCGCUGCGAGCACCAAUGGUGCCCCGACAGACGCAGCCGAUGGAAAGAAGAAGCGCCGCAAGAAGAAGAUGGAAGAGUACGACCGGGACGAUCCGUUUGUCGAUGAUAGUGAGAUGGCCUGGCAGGAGCAUGCGGCUGCAAGCAAGGAUGGUUUCUUUGUUUAUAGUGGACCCCUGGUUCCUGAAGGAGAGAAGAUACAGGUUGAACGGGCCGAUGGAACCAUCAAACGAGGCCGUGGUCGUGGACGCGGUGGACGAGUUCGCGGACCUUCGACUCCCCACCAUCAAGUACCUAUCGCUGCAGCUGUGCCAAUCUCACAAGAAACUGGCCUGCCACUGCGUGGCCCUGGUUCUCGUGGUGGCAGCACCACUCGCCGUCCCCGUGUGAGCAAGGCAGCUCGCCAGCAAAUGGAGCAGGACCGACAAGGAUCUACCCCCUCGACACCCCAGGGACGAGGCGGCGGCAGUGCCGGCCGUGGUGGAGGUUCUGCAGGUCGUGGAGGCAAGACUCCCUCAAUGGUUGAACUCGCUCCGGCUCCCAAGCCUAACCUGGCACCUGCACCCCAAGGUCCGAGUCCUUUGGCAGGACCAGAGUUGAUGAUGAAGUAA